AUGCGCGUCGACUCAUCUCCAUACCCCAUAAUUCGCGUACCUACGGAUGCAUCUCCACGCGACCACUCCCCCAACGCUUGUGACCAGCACCCGAGUACCUUGGUACCAAGUCGCUUUGUCUGGCACAUGCGCACCGAGUCUGAGUUCUCAAAGCAAGACGCCCAAAAGUCCUUGCUGCAUCCCAUGUGCUAUGGUCACCCAGGACGCAAGCCGCCAUCCAACACUAACUUCCCCGCGAUGAAUGCUCCCAUUUCUUCCCCGUCACAGGCCGCCGCCUGCUCCGUCGCCUCUGCCUCAUCUCUCCGCACCUCGCCCAACCAGUUGGCCUCGGUGCCUGCCCCGCCACCGCAGGACAACAAGCCGCCCUCGACCGACGCCUUUCUCAAAGACUUCACCCUCGUGGCCGAGGCGGCCAAGCGCGCCCAGGUCGCCGUCAUGGUCCGCGAAUUCGAAAAUUGCGGCCUAUAA